AUGUCUCCUCCUGGUAACCUCUACGUCACGAUGCAGCCCAAGCCUGGGCUGUCUCUAGACCAAUUCCACGAGUGGUAUAAUAACGAGCACGGCCCGACCCGACUUCGUCUUCCUCAGAUCUUCUCCAACGGUCUUCGAUAUAAAGCGACGGAUGGUCAAGAACCCACCUAUCUCGCUGCCUACGACGUCACGUCCAUGCCACACCUUGAGACCGAGACAUACCUCACACUGCGAGCGAACCGAUCUCCUCGAGAAGCCGAGACCAUUGGCCAAGUUGACGUGAAACGAUAUUUCUGGGACUUAGUUCAUUCCAACGAGUCUGACAAGUUCGUGCCCUUUGAGAAGUUGACCGACGAAGAGGCCGAGGGUCUGCAGACUACCGCUGUCACAAUUGAGCUCAAGGACGUUGAGGGCGCUGCAGAGGAAUAUCAGAAGUGGCUGGUUGAGGAGCAUAUCCCCAUGUUGGCCAAGGUUCCUGGUUGGCUGCGCUCGCGCGCCUUCAAGACUUCGUAUCUUGAGGGCCAGGGCAAGACGACGUUCCUUGCGCUGCAUGACUAUGCUAAGGAGAAUGGCCAGGGUGGGCCGGAGCACAAAGCCUCGAUGGACACCCCAUGGCGCACCAAAGUGUUUGACAACUUUGUUGCUUCCAAGGGUCGAAGAACAUAUUCUCUGUUCUACGUCUUUGGACCUGCUCCUCGAGAGCUGGAAGCGCUAUCAAAGCUGCCGUCGACAGCUGCUUUCACCUCCCCGGACUCCAAGCAAUCUACCACGCCUGGCCCCAACGCGGCUAUCAACUCCUACAUUACAACUUCGGAUUCACUGGUAAUCCCCUACCGAUUGGAGGGUAACCCAGACCCCAAGGCUCCUACAAUCGCUUUCUGCAAUUCUCUGUUGACUUCGCUGCAUAUGUGGGAUCCCCUUGUAGAAAUCCUCAAGCGAGAGCGCCCUGAAUUUCGAAUCCUCCGAUAUGAUACCCGUGGCCGACAUGCCGUGCCUCAGCCUCCCGUAGCUGCCACAGUGGAUCGCUUGGCUGAUGACAUUCGAGAAGUGCUUGAUGCUCUCCGCAUCACUAAGCUGCACACUCUUAUUGGUGUUUCAAUGGGUGGUGUUACGACCCUGAACUUUGCCAUCAAGUACCCUGAGCGUCUUCAGCAGUUUAUUGCCUGUGACUUCAACCCUACAUCCAGCGCUGCCAACACACAAGCGUGGAAGGAUCGCACUGCUCUAGCUGAGGAGGAUAACGGCAAGGGUAUCGAGAAGCUCGCUGGACAGACUGUCCAGCGAUGGUUCCAUCCCUCCACCAACGCUGAGACCGUCAAGUGGAUGACGGAGAUUGUCGUUGCUAAUGACGUCGAGGGCUUCAAGUACAGCAACACAGCACUCUGGGAUUACGACCUCAAGCCUAAGAUGGGUGGCUGCAAGGUACCUGGCCUGUUUGCCGUUGGAGAGGAAGACGCCAAGGGUGCUCUCGUCAAGGCUAUGGAUGCAUGCAAGGGACUACUUGGCGAUAACGGUGCCGAGUUGAAGAUUGUACCUCAAACAGGACAUCUUCCGAUGGCAGAGAAUCCCCAGGCUUUCUGGGAGGCUGUUAAAGAAUUCUUGUAA